UUCCAACCAAACAUCACUCCAAAGCCAACCAAAGACUCAACCGGCCGAUACGAGCAGAGCAAGCAAAAUAAAUCAAACCGGAGAUUUAUUUCUCUUUGUAGAUCUGAAAAUUUUCUCUCAGAUCAACGCCGAUUGAGUUUUAUUCCCCAAUUUCUCCCAUGGCGCCGAUCUGCCGCUCCUUUUUGCUUUUCAUGUUGAUCUCUCUGUUUGUUUCGUUCGGUUCUGCCGAGAUCCGUUUCACGGAGUUUCGAUCCGAUGGCCGCCCCAUAAUCCCCCUGGAUCAGUUCGGGUUCACUCACACCGGCCGCCUCGAGCUCAACCUCUCCCAAAUCGGUCUCUCCAACAAGAAUCCGGACCUGGACUUGGCCAAAGUCGGGUUCUUCCUCUCCACGCUCGACGCGUGGAUGCACGUGCUUCAACAACUCGCCGACGGGGAAGUCACGUGUGCUCUCGAGUCCGAUCUCGUCAAGCUCGUCUCCGACUUCAGGGCCGCCAAAGGGAAUUCGAGAUUCGACGUCGUUUUCCCGGUCAACAACGCCGACCAGUACACGCUGGUGUUCGCUAACUGCCUCAGUGAUGUCAAAGUAUCGAUGACCGUCCGAUCGGCGAUGUACAAUCUAGAGGGGAAGCAAAACAGCAGGGAUUAUCUCUCCGCCGGCAGGACAGUUCUCCCUAGGGUUUACUUCCUUUUGUCCCUCAUUUAUUUCUCUCUCGCUGGGAUUUGGAUCUAUGUGCUUUACAAAAAACGACUCACUGUUUUUACAAUCCAUUUCUUUAUGCUGGCCGUCGUUGUUCUAAAGGCUUUUAAUCUGAUUUUCGAAGCAGAGGAUAAAUCUUAUAUCAAACGAACCGGAAGUGCCCACGGGUGGGAUGUUUUGUUUUACAUCUUCAGUUUCUUGAAAGGGAUCAUGCUUUUUACUCUAAUCGUUUUGAUCGGCACCGGGUGGUCGUUCUUGAAACCCUUCUUGCAAGACAAGGAGAAGAAGGUUCUGAUGAUUGUGAUUCCACUUCAGGUUGUUGCUAACAUUGCCCAAGUUGUCAUCGAUGAGACCUCGCCAUUUGGCCAAGAUAGGGUCACAUGGAAGCAGGUGUUCUUGCUUGUUGAUGUCAUUUGUUGUUGUGCUGUGUUGUUCCCGAUUGUUUGGUCGAUUAAGAACUUGCGCGAGGCCGCUCGGACGGAUGGAAAAGCCGCUGUGAAUCUGAUGAAGCUGACCCUGUUUAGGCAGUAUUACAUUGUGGUCAUCUGCUAUAUUUACUUCACUCGGGUUGUGGUUUAUGCUUUGGAGACGAUUACUUCGUAUAAGUAUUUUUGGACCAGUGUGUUGGCCGGGGAGUUGGCCACACUCGCCUUUUACGUGUUCACUGGGUAUAAAUUCAAGCCAGAGGCGCACAACCCCUAUUUUGCGAUCGAUGAUGAAGAGGAAGAGGCUGCUGCAGAGCAGUUGAAGCUUGAAGAUGAGUUUGAAUUGUAAUACCAAUCAUCAAGAUAAACAAAUAUGGAUACUGAUUGAAGAAGUGGAUAACAAAUCAAACUGGGACAUUGAGGUAAAACCCAUAUUCUUAAAAAUGGCAUCAUUGUUAGGAAGAAAUUAUGAUACUUUGUACUUGUUUUGCAUUUUUUUGGUUUACUUGGUAGGAUAAUGUUGAACUAUGAUGCACGUUUGUGAACUUGAUAGUUUGUGUAACAAAAAUAAACAAAUCAUGCUAUACUUUUUGUUCAAAUUCCUUGUUUAUUCAAUGGAUCAUAAUGGGAGUAUGUUGUAACAUGAUUUGGUGUAUU